AUGGACGCUAUCAUCGCCCUCAUCCCCCCCAAGGUGGCCGCCUACGUGCCGGGCCUCGACAACUCGCACUACGUGUACGCCACCGGCACUGCCCUUGUCGACCUUGUCGACGUGUCCAAGCCAAGCCUCUGGAUCGCCGCCGGCGCCGUCCUCUUCAACCCCAUUUACUGGAACAUUGUCGCCCGCAAUGAGUACCGCAAGAAGUCGCUCACCAAGGCCUUUGGCUCCAACUACGCGGCCUGCUACUUCCUGACCGUGACCAUCUUCUCGCUGGGUAUCCUCCGUGACACUCUCUAUGAGCGUGCCCUCGCUGAGCAGCCCCACUGGAAGGUCCUUGACGACGACCUCGUCAAGCUCGCCGCUGUUGUCCUCUUCGUCGCCGGCCAGGUCUUCGUCGUCACCUCGAUGUGGGCCCUUGGCGUCACUGGCACCUACCUUGGUGACUACUGUGGUAUUCUCAUGUCCGCCCGUGUCACCGGCUUCCCCUUCAACGUCCUCAACGACCCCAUGUACGUCGGUUCCGCCAUGGCCUUCCUCGGCACUGCUCUCUGGUUUGAGAGCCCCGCCGGUAUCUUCCUCUCGGUCGUUGUUUGGAUUGUCUACGCCAUCGCCCUCAAGUACGAGGGUCCCUUCACCGACAUGAUCUACACCAACGCUGCCAAGGAGGAGGCUGACAAGGUUGAGAAGGCCAAGAAGGCCGCUGAGAAGGCUGCCGCCCCCGUCGCCCCCUCGACUCCUCCUCGCAAGUCGAGCCGCAUCUCGUCGGCGGCCACCCCCUCGGCCACCACCACCUCGGCGGCCCCCAACGGCGCUGCCACCCCCCGCCGCAGGUCCCGCAAGUCGGGUGCCGCGGCCCUCGAGGACGGUGUCGCCGCGAGCCCAAUGCGUGUCACCCGCAGCCGCAGCAAGGCUCGCAUGAGCGAGACUGACGACACCGACUAG